AUGCCCGAUUUUACUGAUAAACUCCGUCCAGGCCAGCCAGAUGGACCCACAACUCUUGCCCGCGAACGAGAGCAAUCCAGCAUCUCAACCGAGGAGCUAGGACAGCACUUAUUAUCUGCAGAUGGGUUCUUGGAACGGCAAGCUCGCAUUCUACCAAUCGUGCAAAGGGAGCCACUUCUCGCCAAGGACAAGCAGCAAAACCUAUCUCGUCCGGAACGAUUCAAGCUAGGGCUCGCUCGAGCAAAGCUGCUACGUCGACUAGUCGACCAACAUAAAUGGGAUCAUGAAGAUCACAAGAUGGCGGAGUACCUAGUCAGCGAUGUUUCGCCGUAUUUUCUACACCUGGAGAUGUUCGUCACAACCAUUCGCGAGCAAGGAAAUGAAGCCCAGCGGGCUCAUUGGAUGCCGUUGAUUGAAUCGUGGAAGAUUAUUGGGGCUUAUGCGCAAACAGAGCUCGGACAUGGCAGUAAUGUUCGGGGGUUGGAGCUUGAGGCACGCUGGGAUCCCGGAACCUGUGAGUUCAUCCUGCAUAGCCCGACGCUCACGGCUAGCAAAUGGUGGAAUGGUAGCUUGGGCCGUAUUGCAAAUCAUGCUAUCGUCGUUGCGCAAUUACUUCUUCCUAAAUCUGGGUCCCCAGAUCAAUACGUGUCGCAUGGUCCCCAUCCAUUCAUUGUACAGGUGCGAGAUAUGAAAACUCACCAACCGCUGGAUGGCGUAGUGGUUGGAGAUAUCGGGCCUAAGUAUGGAUAUGUCACGAUGGACAAUGCUUACAUGCUCUUCAAUAACUUUCGCAUUCCUCAUUCUGCCAUGCUUUCACGAUACUCGAGCGUGGACCCUAAGACCGGAACCUACGCAAAACCGGCGCAGCCAGCCGUGGUCUACGGAUCUCUCACCUACGUCCGAGCUCAAAUAGUCCAUCAUGCUAGACUAGUCCUAGCACGCGCAGUGACAGUCGCAGUACGCUAUUCCGCCGUCCGACGACAAUUCACAGAUCGAGAUAGCAACGGCACUGGAACUGAGAUGUCUGUCCUUGACUAUCCGACCGUUCAAAUUCGGAUCUUGCCUUUGCUGGCUACUACAUUUGCGUUACACUACACCGGCCUCGCAAUGCGCCGUGUCUACGACAAUACACGACAAGAUGUGGAGCGAGGCGAUUUUCGUUCUUUAGCUCACAUGCACAGUAUGUCUUCCGGUCUGAAAAGUCUCUGCACAAUGCUUGCUGCGGAUGGGAUUGAGACUUGCCGGCGAGCCUUAGGUGGACAUGGCUUUGGGGGUGGAAGUGGGCUUAUCGAACUCAAUAACGACUAUCUGUCCAAGCCGACCGUUGAAGGAGAUAAUUGGAUGAUUACGCAGCAGGUUGCUUCUUAUCUUAUUAAGAAGAUGACUGCUGCGGUGAAAGCAUCUGAUAUGCCGGGCGCGGAUGAGACAGAGACCCGAUUCAAGCAGUAUAUUCAAAAUCGACGCGGAGUCUCUCGUCAAUCUGUAUAUCGUGUAUUGGAAAGCGAUCAGGAAAUUUCCAAGGCCUUCGAGCUGCGUGCUACUGUGCUUGCAUAUGACGCAUACGAGCAGCGAGUACUCAAGAAGAGAAGCUGGAAUAGUCUCCUCAUUCAACUUCACAAGCUAAGCAAGGCUCAAUCCCAAUCUAUACUUGUCAGCAAAUUCUUCGAGACGUUGUCAACCGAUAACACACUGUCUAGCUCCCUGAAGGCCAUUCUAUGGGAUUUGUAUCGUCUCUUUGCACUUUAUACCAUGGAGAGCGAGGGAUAUGACUUCUUCCGCUGUGGUGCGGUCUCUCAAUCCGAUCUUGACCUCCUACCAACACGUAUCCAAGAUCUAAUGGCGCGAACUCGACCACACGCAGUGAAAUUGGUGGACUCAUGGAUGAUUCCGGAUUAUUUACUCGAUAGUGCGCUAGGACGAUAUGAUGGUCGUGUGUACGAAGACCUUUUCAACAGAGCUCAUCGCUUGAACCCGUUGAACCGAAUGAAUUUUAACCCAAAUUACUGGGAGCAUGAAAUCAUCAAGGGGAGUGGGGAUGAUGGGUCUGAUAUACUGUCAAAGCUGUGA